ACAACCACGUACAGCAACGUACGGAGUAGAAAUGAAAACACAAAAAUAAAUUGGCAAAAAAAUGGAAAAAAGCAAGCCAAAACGUUCGGUUAGCCCCGAAACGGAGCUGAAACUAUCCAACUACAAGAAAAGCAUACAAAUUAUGGAUAGCAUUUCCAUCAGCUACACAGACAAAUUUCAAUUGUUGAAGAAGAUGUGGUCGAAUGGAGGACUGCUCGUGGAAAAAUGCAACAAAACAGCAUCGGAAAAUGUUUUCAAGACACUCCUGAACAAAACGUACCCCAUUGUGUUAGUGGGCGAAUGGAGUGACAUCCCGUGCGAGGAGCGCCAACACUUGCGAACUCUCAUGGAAAAAUGCAUCGCCAAUAGUGUGGUCGAUAGCGAAGUAGUAGAAAAAUGUAAAUAUUUAUUAAAAAUUCUCGAUGAUCCGUGGUUUGCGGACACAGCACUUGCGAAAAUUUUGCAAGCUCAUCCGAAAUUGACACCUGAUGAGGAACGCGAGUUUCACAACAACGAAAUGGGGCCUAUGAUGCUGAUCCGACUGCAAAAACUUUGUGAUACAAAUUGUGAGGAACUCGCGCUAAACUAUUCCGAGUCGUGUCUCCGAUGUAUCCGCGAGGAUGUCGAAGAAUUUAGCACCUUGCGGACACAUAUUUAUGACCAGAACCUUGCGAUGCUCGUGAGUCUCGAUAAAACGGACGAAUUCAUGCAAAAAGUCGAACAGCUGACGAGCGACAAUGCAAAAGAAUUCAUCAAGCGAUACACUUCCAAGACGCCGCCGCCAUUUCCGUGCUCGGCGGAGAUGAAAGCGAAUCUCCGGAAAGCCGCUGCAGUCGUCGCCUCAAUUCUCCUCGCGAAAACCAUCAAAGAGCCCAUUCACGGUGCCAAGGAAAAAGUCGUCACGUACCUCACGGUGCUCCGUGAAUGGCUAACUUUGCAUCAGCACGCCGAAAAUUUAAAGGAACUCGUGCAUAAUGUGCUUGCCGGCGCCAUUAGUAGUCAACAUCUCUACUAUUGCUCGAAAAUUAUCGAACGCAUGGAUUUGCGACAUUUGGCCAUCGAGGUGCACAUUCGCGGCAUCACACAAAACAUCAACGAAAUCGAGACGAAAAAGUACGAUGGUGACGUGACAGCGGAGGAAAUUCUCAAGCUCGAGAGUAACAUGGCGACGCAAUAUAUGCGCUUGGCCGAGAUGUUCUAUGAUAAUGAACACGUGAAGCGCGAAUGUUAUCUCACGGCGUUUAGUCUUAAGCCCCAUUCGGAGAUUUUCGAGCAUGUCAAAAGGAACCGAAUCAUUCGCGAGGACGAAAACGACUUUAACGCCGACGAUUUUAAAAGUAUCGAGUGCACGCACGUCGUCGUGAACGCAAAUUCGUCCGUUUCGAAAGUUUUUUGCAAGUACUGCGGCCAAUACCGGAACUCGGAUGACGCGGAACUCGUCAAAUCCUGCGAAAUUCUGCUCACGAAGGAAAAUUUAGCAAACGUUCCGGCGAGUUUUCACGACGAUUUGGUCAUUCUCGUGGAAUCGCCGCGCAUUAAGCAACUUUCGUGGAGCAUGUCGUGGCACGAGCUCGAAAUGAACUGCCAAAAGUUGAUGGACGAGGAGCGGAAACUCAAGUUGACGAGUAAUCAGCUCGUAAAUGCCAAUGACCAGUUGCAAUAUAUCGAUCUGGAUUACAGUUUGUUCAUCCAUUUGCCCGAAGCGGAGAUUCCGGGCGGCAUUGAGAAAGGUUACGAGCAAUUUUUGGCCAGCAGUGAUACGGAAAGUGACUCCGAUGACGACGAACCAUCAAAGCCGGUCAAGCAAGAAGCGAAAAAUUUCGAUAAAAAGUCAAUAAAUUACUUUGAGAGCUCCGACGACAGUGACGACGAUUACCGGAUGUUGCGUCGGAAGAAGGGAAAAUCCAAGGGAGGUCAAAAAAGAGACGAAAAUUUCACACCGUCACGACGAACGUCGAGCAUAAGACCGAAAUACAUCGACAAAUCAAAAGUUCAUGUGCCACCAAAGAAGCGGAUUCAUCGCAGUAUGAAGAAGAAAUUCGAGUUUGAUUACAAGGAUCCGCAUGCCCGUUUCUACAUCACGUGUCGCAAAGCCCAACUUGACAUCAAGAAGCAGCGGGUGCGACUUUUGCAGAAACGUGAUGGAAAAUUCUUCUACGAAUUUUUGAAAGAAGCUCAAAUCAAGAAACCCUUAAGCGAGGAUUUGGUUCGCAAAAACAUCCAUAAACUCUCGUUGUUAUCACGCUAUAAUAAACGGGACAAAUCUGAGCGAGACAAAAUGGAACGUCCUGGUCGUCAAACAAAGUCAAAAUUGCUGUUUUCGUCAGGAGUGACGGCAAUUGUCAAUCUUAAUGGAAGUAUCACGUGCGAAAAAGGAGAAAAACGGAAACGUCCUACCAAGCCGCCAUCGACAAAUUCAACGGAAAUUGAAUCUGAAUCAAAAACCGGUGAAACUGCUGAAGGAAAUUCCGAUGGAACUGCAAAAAUCAAGAAACCUCCGAGAAAAUCUGAAGGAAAUUCCGUGGAAAUCGGUCCAGAUGGACUUCCUGUGGUAAAAACGAAGCGUUCUGUGAAACCCAAAUUAGGAGACGAUGGACAACCGUUGACAAAACCCGUGCGACGAACAAAGCCAAAAGAGAAAAAACCCGAAGGAGAUGCAAUUCCCGAUGAUUUAAGCUCCAAACUCGAGGCUGCCGAAAUUUUAGCGCAGCUUGGAAAUGCCACAGCCGCUACACCAGCAAAAAUUCAAAAUCUCAAAACGAAAAUUUUCCUCGAUCGUAAGGUUCUGGCGGAGCACAAUGGCGUCACGGAAGACCGCACUUCGGUCGAUACGAAAGACGAUCAACUUAGUGACUCGAAUUCGCGCGGUCGAGGACGUCCAAAGGGAGCAAAGAACAAAGUUAAGGUAGAUGCGGAUGGAAAUCCGCUUCCGAAACCGCUGAGAAAGCCGCACAAGAGCCGAUUGUCGAGCGAUACAAUUUCCGUCAGUAGUUCAGACGUGUCAACGCUGCGAGCGUCAAUUUCGAGUGUAGCUUCGAUGCAAAUUAAUGGCGGAUUUGAAGAGAUAAAGACUGAGCCAAUGGAAAUCAAAAAGGAAGAGGAUGACUCGGAGCCGCCAGCGUUGGAGUUGAUGGCGUCUCCCAAGAGGAAAUCGUGUGAGCUGAGUGCCGAUGAGGCGGGAACGAACAAAAAAGUCGCUGUUGAGGCGCGGAAUGGGGAAGGAACGCCAAAACCUCGAAACCCGAAAGACGACUAUGUUGGAUUAACUCCAGAACAAAAGCGAGAGCUGCGAUUGUCAAAGAGGCGUGAAUACGAUCGAAAAAGACGUGCAAAACUUCGCGAGAUGAAAAUUGUGGCUAAUAUCGCAUCAGGCACGUCUCAAAACUCCUCGAAUGCCAAACCAAAAGCCGUCAAAUCUGCACCAAAGGAGAAAAGUCUUCCUCCAGCACCCCUAGAUGCUGGCAGCAAUUCUUCAGUCAAGCUUGAAGUCACAAUUCCUGAGUUACCAACAGAAUCCGCGAAAAAAGUCGUCCCAAAAUCGCGUUCUUCGACUCCAAAGCCAUCAACCGAGGCAUCAUCUGCUCUUGAUUUCGAAUCUCUCAUCGAUGUGCAAAUUGUUCAUACAUCAAGUGCAGCCAACAAACGCUUGACACGCAACAGCAGUCGCUCAAACAGCCCAAAGCCGUCAAAGAACAACCUUCCAUCGCAUCUCAUCCAAACCGUGAACUACUCAUUCACGGCACAUCGCUACACCGACACGAGCGGCUACAAAAAACGCUACGCCAAAUUCGUGAAUUACGCAAAAUCGUGCGUUUCGCCCUCGAAAACGGACAAAUUGUCGUUCAACGAGCUGCGAUCCAUCAAAGAUGCGUUAAACGAAGAAUGGACAGACGAAGAUCGCGUCGAAUUGGAACAAAUGAUGUCCCGUUAUUGGUACGACAUUCAUCCGUGCUUGAAGAUUAAGAACGAAAGUCAGAUUUUGGAACGUCGUGACUACGAUUCGAGCGUCAAUAACAGCAAAAGUGACAGUCACAAGUCGAAAAAUGUCGUCAAAGCGAUGAUCCGCAGAGAUUAUUUGCCGAAAAAGAACAACUCAAUGACGCGCGGCAACGACGAGAACGAGUUUUUUCGGAACGAGCGUCUUAUGAAAUCAGCUGAGAGUGGCGAGACUGAAUUUUUUCUCAAUAAUUUGAUGGAGCAAAUGCCCAAAAGUGACGUUAACGACAAGAAAAAUCAUAAAAAUCGUUUUUGCAAGGUGCUAAAGUACGAAGUUGACACACGCAAUGUCCCGCAAAAUGAAGAUCCAAAGAAAAAUGUGACAAAAAGCGAUGAAGAAGUCAAAAAUUACUUGAUCGCAACGGUUCCUGGAAUGGUAGAUUUCGAAUUUUUCGAGAUGCCGGAACAGGAAAGGAAUACAAUUGUCGAGAUAGUGCACGUAAAGUCAGAUAUGAGUGCAAAAAGUUCAUCUGACGACUCGUCAUCAUCAUCAGCACCCGCAACUUCGGGCAGCUCAAAUCAAAAUUCUAGUCAACAAGAGAAAAAAGACGUGAAAAAGGCGCCGACUCAGGUGACAGCGCAUAUUCAACGUGUUGGGCAUCCCAUUCAGAUCUCAAAGGCAUCCACGUCAACGAGUGUUAACGAGGCAAAUCGUCCGAAAUAUCUUCUGCAACGAACAGUGACGACGGCAACUCCUUCAUCUUCAGCUGCUUCGACGUCAGGUGUUAAAAAUCAAACUUUAAUUAAUGUUUUGUCGCAUCAAGUUUUAGUUCCCGGCACAAAAACAGGCAAUAAAAUUACUGUGACGAACGGUGCAGGAGGUUCUGCGGGAGCUCCCGUGAUUUUGAAUAAUUUUAAACAAGCGGGUGCGCAAACACCGACAAAAAUUGUUAAAUCGUUCCCGCAAAAUUGGACGUUGUCGCCGUCAAUUACGACAAAUGCAGGCUCAAGUCCUGUUACGGUCAGUACGGUGAAUAGUAGUCAAGCGAAUUCGCAACAUUUGCUGCAAAUUUUGAAUUCGCCACCGAAUGUCAGGAAGAAUUUGACGAUAACGCAACAGACUUCAGGCAAAGAUGACCAAAACCCAAAACCAACAAACUCCAACAACGGCGUUGUUCAAUUCAUUUGCAAAACUGAUGGAAAAAUGAUCCACUUAACUCCCAUAAACAACGUUCUGCAACAAUCAUCGGACUCAACGCAGCCCGGACAGAGCAUCAUUCUCAACAGUUUGCUGAAAAAACCAAAAGAAGAAGAUCAAGAUGACGAUACGACCGCUCCUCGUUCCGUUUACGAAGAAAAUUACGCGAAUUUCAUUCGUACAGCUCCAAAAACACAACAGCAAGUUGGCCAAAAACCCAUCCAAGUUGUCGUUUCCGGCGCUAGUGGCACUCAAUUCUUGCAACAAAUCGGUCCUGGUAACCAAUUGAUACUACAAAAUAACAAAAUUGUCGCUGCUACAACUUCGGGUCUUCCGAAAUUCAAUCAAGUCUUUGGGAAAACGGUGACAAUGUACCAACAAUCAGCGGGAAAUAACGAAAUUAGUGUUGCGGAUGGCAAAAAAGACUUGCUCGUGGACAAGAAGCAACAACAACACAUAAUUGUUCAAACAACAUCUGCCACGGGAGCGACGCAAAACAUCUUAAUUCACAACAAAACGGGUCGCGCACAACUUUUGCAAACGCAACCAUUGCAAAAAAGCGAAGGACAACCUUUGAAAUUGCUAACGACGACGCAACAAGGAACGGCAACUGCAUCUACGUCAAGUAACGACAGUCCUUUACGAAUUUCGGUACCUUUGAUUCCUCGAUCGCAACAAAGUAUGAGCAUUGGUCAAACGAGAAUUGUUCGUCCGAUCAUCCAACUCGCUCCAAAUGUCAUAAAAAGCGAAACUGGUCAAAAUGUGAUUGUUACUACGACACCGCGACAGCGUCUUGUGCAAAAUCCGAAUAUACGGGUGGAGAAUUUGCUGUUGGCUCAAUCGUCACAAGCGCCGGCAACAACUCCCACCACCUCGACGACGACUCAAAGUGGCAAAAAUGUCGACACUUCGACGCUCGAGCAGCUCCGUGAGUUCGAUAUGGUGCUCGAACAAGUCAAAGAACGUUCCGUGACUUCGGUUCCAUCGUCGCCGCAACCCGCACAAAGUCCUGCAAGACCGAAUCAAGUGACCGUCAUCAAUCACGUCAAGGCAAGUGCAUCAUCGAGUGUCUCCUCGAGUCCCCAACAACAACAACAAAUAAUUUACACCACGGCUCAAGGAACGUCCGUUUUGCAAAAAGUGAAUUUCGCGUUUUUACAACAACAACAACAACAGCAAUCGGGUCAAGCAACGCAAAAAUCCUCGCCAAGUCCGUCGCUCGGAACUCCCUUGAUGGUUGUCACAAAUUACAAUCCGACGCCUGCCAUGUCCCCGGCUUUGAGUGUCACUUCGCAACUCAGCUCGCCAACACGUUCGUUAUCGUCCGUCAAGAGUUUCAGCACGAAGCCCAUAACGCAAAGUAUUGCGGCGAAACCAAAAACGAUGCACAGUCCCGGAAGUGCUUCGUCUUCGUCGAAAACGUUGACGCCAAAGUCGAGUCCGUUGCCAAAGCCGAUACAAAAACCGCAGGAAGAUGAGCAAACUGUACAGCGGAUCUAUGAUAUUUUGGCUGAAUAUGCCGAGCAAUUGCGCAAUUCGCCAGAUUUGAAUAAUAAACCGGCUCCGCGGCGACGUAGCAAUCCGCCAACUAAUCCGGCAACGCCCUCGAAUAAGAAGAAAAAGUCGGGGAAGAAGUAUCAAGGUGGAUCCGAUGUAAAUUCCGACUACGAAGGAAAUUUCGAGUCCGAAGACAGUUCUUUGGGUCCCGGAAGCGUAAGUGGCAUCCCAUCAACGCCCUCCAUGAACAAUUUUAGUCCGUCAGAGCCCGAACACUCCCUAAUGGAUGAUCAGUCAGACGUCUCCAUGGAUCAACAUCCGAAACCGACGUCAUCUUCGUCGCAAGAAAGCGCCAUGGAACUCGGAAAAUCAACGGUAGCCAAGCAACUCGUGUUCGGCGAUGCCAGUAGCGAAAGCAAUUCAAGCAACAACAAAGGCAUGGUGCUGAAAGAAAGCGCUUUGAACGACGUCAUUGCCCAAGCAGGCAAAUUAGGGAAUAACGCAGCCGUUUUAAUGCCCGGAAAUUAUCUCCUACCGGUAAAUUUGCUAAAAAGUGGACGACAAAUUGCGAUUCUCACAUCUGCGAAUGGAAGUAAAAUUCUCGCAGCGCUUCCCGGAACGAGUAAUUCGAAAGAAACAUUGCCGACAGACAAAACGGGGAACUCUAAAACGGAACCGCAGCAAGUUUUGUGUCUGCGAACUCUUCCGAAUAACGCGACGCAACUCAUUUUGAAUCCGAAUGCGGAAAAACCAUCAAAUGCUGUUCAAGAAAGUUCGAGCUCGAAUCCCGGAACGGCAAUAAUUAUCUCGUCGCCAAAGGGUAAAAAGCGUUAUUUGAUUAACGAUCCCGAUUUAUUGGCAAAAUUGACGAAAGGCGGGGAGCUUUCGAGUGCAGAUGUGAAGAAAUUGAUCGAAUUACAGGAAAAUCCGGGACAAACAUCGGCAACGAGUGUUUCUCAGACGCAGUCAAAGACGCUGCAGAUGCACAAACAUAUCAAUAGCAGUAGUAAUGGUGACGUAGAGCUAGAAGAAAAUCGUCAUGACGCACCCAUUUCUACGCAAUAUCAGGGCAAAAUCAUCCGAAGUGACCGCAAAAUUGUCGAUAUCCAACGAAAUUCGCACAAUAAUCAACAAGCCGCACUGGAACGCGAACUGCGACUACAAAAAUCGCUGUCCGAGGAGUGUGAGGACUUGGGAGUGGAUGAGCCGGAAGAUUUGUUCCCCGAAGCUGGCUUACUUUUCGACAGUUUGGACCCUUCAAGUCAAGAACACGGCAUGGGAAUUGAUACGCCGAAGGAAAAAUUGACGCCAAUUUUCUUCGCAGACGAAAAACGCGCGAAAAAUAGUCCGCAAACGGUCAUCUUGAAACACGAGGAAGUCAUAAAAGUGGAAAAGAAGACAGAAUUCACGUUUAGCAACGAUGACAGUAACUUGGGAGCCAGUACGGAAGUCAAAACGGAAGAAAGUAAAGCGAAAGAAGACAUGUACGAGUUCAAUACGGACGAAAAAAGUUCCGACGACAACACAGAUACGGAAUAUAAUCGUUUGUCGCACAAAAAACUCGGUCGAUUUAAUCAUCAACCGCCAAUGUUCUCGUACAAACGCAAGAGAUCCGCAUCGAAUGUCGUGUCUCCCGUCAAAAAACGCCCAAAAACGGAACCUGCGGAGACGACAGAGGACGAAAACGACGACAUGAUCACGAUAAUCGAUCAUCACAGCAACGACGGCGAAGAUUUGGAAGACGUUAUUGACACAAAUGUCGUACAAAGUGUCGGCGCAACACUCAUUGUCUCCACAGAAAAAUCCACGAGUCCAAAUACGCGACGCGCAUCGACCCGAGGACACGUGAAAAAGAACUGUCCUUGUUGCAAACCGAAGAAAAAUACGCAAAAUCAUGAAUCUCCCGUGACACCAAGUCCCGUAAUGACGCGAAAACUGCGAGCAUCGAUCGGAUCUCCGUCAGGCAGUUCGACACAUUCGUCGUCGUCGCCAUCGACAAGUAGCAGUGUUGGCGGCGGAGGACACGAAACCCCAACAACAGCAUCGCAACAACCGGAAAGUGUCAGCGGAGGACGGGGACGUGGACGAGGAAGACACGCAAAAGCAACAACAAUUGAAUUGUGGAAGCCAUCGCCAAUUGUUGUGCCAGUACUACGAAAUUUAAUUCAAGCCUUUUAAUUAUUUUUAUUUUUGGCUAUUUUUUUGUAUUAUUGUGUAAUUGUACAAAAUUUGAAUAAAAAAUUGUAUUUUUAUUAAGAUUAAAAAAUAAUAUUUAAUUCAAUAUUAGCUAUCGAAUAAAACAGAUAAUAAAAAAAAUCAGUAUUAAGAAACAUACAAUAAAAAAAUUUCAACAAUGUAGAAAAGUUUAAAAUUUAAUAUAAAAAUU